AUGGCUUCCCGUGUCCUUGUCUCUGGUCUUCCCCAGUCCCUCCCUCCCCUUCCUUCGGGGCCUGGUCCUUCCUGUGUCCCUUGUGUCGAGGGGCGGCUCCGGGCUGCCCCUCACUCCUCUCAGUUUCCCCCGACAGAGGCUCCGCUCCAGACGCUUCACAUGGACGUGUGGGGCCCGGCCCGCGUCCGUGGACAGGGUCACGAGCGCUACUUCCUGCUGGUGGUUGACGACUACUCGCGUUACACCACGGUCUUCCCCUUGCGCAGCAAGGGUGAUGUCACUGAGGUGUUGAUCGACUGGAUCCGCGCAGCUCGUCUCCAGCUCAGGAGGAGCUUCGGCUCGGACUUUCCUGUUUUGCGUCUGCACUCUGACCGAGGCGGAGAGUUCUCCUCGGGCCUUCUGCGAGCCUACUGUCGUGCGCGAGGCAUCCGCCAGACCUUUACGCUUCCGGACUCUCCACAGCAAAAUGGGAUUGCUGAGCGCCGCGUUGGCAUGGUCAUGGACGUCGCUCGUACGUCCAUGAUGCAUGCGGCUGCCCCCCAUUUUCUGUGGCCGUUUGCGGUUCGGUACGCGGCGCAUCAGAUCAACCUUCACCCCAGGGUCUCCCGGCCGGAGACCUCCCCAGCUCUGCUGUGGACGGGGAAGGUCGGCGAUGCGUCUGCGUUCCGUGUCUGGGGAUCUCGGGCGUUUGCCCGCGACUUGUCUGCGGACAAGCUGUCCCCUCGUGCUGCUCCUUGUGUCUUCCUUGGCUUCCCCCCUGACGCACCAGGGUGGCAGUUCUACCACCCCUCCUUUCGUCAUGUUCUGUCCUCCCAGGACGUCACGUUCGACGAGUCAGUCCCCUACUACCGCCUCUUCCCCUACCGCACUCCUUCCCUCCCCCCGCCACCGCACUUCCUUGUACCAUACGCAGUCGAGCCGGUCGAGGUUGCUGGUGACUCUGGUACUGCUGCGGGUGCUGAGCCUGGGGGUGCUGACUCCGGGGGUGCUGCGCGCGAGGGUGCUGAGCCUGGGGGUGCUGAGUCUGGGGUUGCUGCGACUGGGGGUGUUGAGCCUGGGGGUACUGCGACCGGGGGUGCUAUGACUGAGGGUGCUGAGCCUGGGGGUGCUACGUCAGGAGCUGCUGAGCCUGGGGGUGCUGCGUCUGGAGCUAAUGAGCGUGGAGGUGCGGAGCCUGCGACUGCUGGACCUCCCCUUGUGGCGUCUGGCGGUGCUGGGCCUGGAGGUUCUUCGGGUUCUUCAUCUCGGCGGGAGCCACUCUCUCCACAGGCGCUGCGCGAGUGGUUUGCCCAGCGCUGGAGGCGUUCUGCUGGAGCUGGAGCUGCUGAGGGUGUUGGCGCUGAGACUACUGCUGUCAGUCCUAGCGGUGGUCCUGCUGUGGGUGCUGCUGGUGCUGCUGGAGGUCCUGCAGCUGGAGGUGCUGUUGGCGCUGGUGCUGCCGCUGAGGGUACUGGUGCUGUCCCUGCUCUUUCUGGAGGUGCCGCGCGGCCUCGACCGUACUUUGUUCCCCUCCUUCAGCAGGUUCUUGGUACUUCUCCUCCUGUAGAGUGUCCACCGCCUGUCAAGUCUCUGUCACAGUUACCACCCGCCUCCCCACUGCAUGCUCCCUCUCCUUACACUGGUCCUACUGGAGGUCUUGCUGAGCGUCGUGAGCCUGCGUCUCGUCCUGCGUCGCCUGUUCGUGCUGCUCGCACUAGUGGUCGCGGUUCGCGUCAGCGUCCUCCCCCUGUCCCUGGCACGCACCGGAUGUCUCUGCGUCCGUCCACUGCUCCUCUGCGUGCCCCUUUGCCUUCUCCUCCUGAGUCCUCUCUUCCUGCACUUGCCGACCCAGAGUCGGACUCUCUUUGUGCUGCCAGUCCUACUGCCACGCGUCUCCUUGCUACUGUCGUCACUGACCCCUCUUUUGAGUCCACUGCUGCGUCUGCUCUUGUUGCUGAGCUCGUCGACUUUGCUGCUCACUGUUGUCUAGACUACGCUGCUAGUCUUGUUGCUGAGUGUGCGUCUGUCUGUCCUCUGUCCGUUGGGGGUGAGUGUGCUCUUGGCACGGACGUCCUUGAGGACAUGCAGGAGGAGUUCCAGUGUCUGGCUACUGCUUCACCUCAUCUCGCGUCCGUACUGCCUGCCCCUGAGGGAGACCCGGAUGCACUAGACAUCCCGACUCCGCGCUCUUACGCGGAGGCCGUAGAGGGUCCCUACUCCUGUCAGUGGCAGGCAGCUAUGGAUGCAGAGAUGGCUUCCUGGAAGUCCACAGGCACCUACGUUGACGCGGUUCCCCCUCCUGGGGCGAACAUCGUCAGUGGCAUGUGGAUCUUCAGGGUGAAGCGGCCGCCGGGCUCUCCACCUAUCUUCAAGGCGCGGUACGUGGCUCAUGGCUUCAUCUACGGUCUCCGCCAGGCACCGCAUGAGUGGCACGACACACUGAGGACUACACUUGCGGCUCUUGGGUUUGCUCCCUCUACUGCUGACCCGUCGUUGUUUCUUCGCACCGACACCUCUCUGCCGCCGUUCUACAUCAUCGUGUACGUCGACGACUUGGUCUUUGCCACAGCUGACACUGCUGGACUCACCUACGUGAAGUCCGAGCUGUAG